CGACAAGGACAAAGAGCAAUAGAAAUAUCGAUCCAAAGAUAAUAUGUGUGUUGUGGUAGUUUCUCGUCCAAGAGGCUCAUUCAGAAUUCUAGAAGGAUGUUUGAAGUCUCUAAUAUGCCCUGCUCUUCAACCAAUUCAAGGCAGCUACUAACUAGUCUUUCGUGUCGUGUUUUGUUGGGAAGAUUUUUUGAUAAUAUGUUGAUGGCUGACCACGUACUAGAAGAUCUAGAAGGAUGUCCUCAGAUCAUUUACACUUUCACUCAGUGCCCUCAUGAUCUCAAUUCCUCUUUACUUAUUUAGUUCGUGAUCUUGUUGUUCUUUUUGCAGGUAUACAAUUCUACUAGUUCUGCAUUUUCUUCGUUGUCUUUUCUAGUCAUAAUUCUUUCAGUUAACCGUUUUACAAAAAUAAGUCGUUUGUGUAUCAGUGAUCGUCAUUCUUCCGACCGCAAAAUAUGGGUCGAAAAAGCGCUGCUUCGCGUGCGGCUCAACAGGCCGCCGUUGGUGCAGGAGGUGGCAGCGCAGCUACUAGUAUCGCACCAACAUCAACCACUGAAAUCGCUACGAAAAGCUCACCAUAUUCCAGGCCACAUGAUAAGGGUAAGCAGAACCACGACCAGGCUCCGCCAACUACGGGAACUACGUCUCGUGGAGGCACAUUUUCUUCGACUAAACACAAGAAGAACCGAGGAAACUAUAAUAAUGACGAAGACCUCCACGAUGACGAUGACGAGCCCUUGGGCAGACUGGCCUUGGACCUCGGUGGCGCGGAGCCUGUGGCGCCAGACUGGCAGACUGAAAAGAUCGAAGAUCUCGAUGCCACAGCAUAUUUGCAGCGUGUGCAGUACGAAAGAUUGCACCUCUGCAAAGCAACAGUGGUCGCAGAAGAACUAGACGAUGCUACAGAUACAAAACAUGAUGAUGCAGCCAGCACGACUAAUACUAGAGUAACUACUUCUUCACCUCCGAAAAACGAGGACGCGUUAGCACUGAGAGCAUUCACGCAACUGCGCAAAGAACUUGAAGCUCUCAGGGCGGCGUCUGCCUCAGAGAAUCCUAUGCUGGCAUCAUCGCCAUCGCCAUCGUCGCCAUGCUCAAAUGAUCGAGUAGGUGCGAUGCAGCGGUUAUUAGUACACAAGUCCCCAAUAGCAAUGGCACAAAGUUUAGAAGGACUUAUUGAGAAGUUAUCCGCUUCGUCAUCGUCUCCUACAGCGGCAGAAGAGGAGGUGGACGAACGAGAACAAGCAACGUCAGAGGAGACGAGCAGGGCACCAGAAGCAGAUGUUGAGUCCUUAAAAGUAGAUCCUCUUCGCGAAGACGAACUCUUUGAAAUCUUCGUACACUUGGCGGGACUUCAGAAGCCACUCUUGGAUACAACUAUGAGCGCGCUGCAAGACCUGCGACGGUUGUGCGACUCCCGCUUGGAGGGGAUGAAGGUAAGAAUUCCAGAGAAUGAAGAAGAGCCGAGGACAGGUCCGAUGCUUCGUCUUUUGCGGACGAUAGUAGCCGAGUACUACCAUCAGAAAUAAACAUGAUUUGCAGUGGUCUUCGUUGUUCUCUUGAUGCUCAAUAAAUGAACAGAUAUGUUGACGAGCUGCUACCUUUUUUCAGUCUCAACGAACUUCACGACUCGAUGACCGAGACCACGCUUCUCGUUCUCCUUCCCCACGCGUCGGACGACAGCCCCCUUUUCUUACUAUCCCCAACCAACACCCAAAACCGAAUAGAACAUGACAUCAUAAUCGCUUGUAUUAAUUGUAUCUCUAUGUACUUAUACAUCGAUCAGAGUUGUAGGAGUUCAUCAACCGAAAGAUCAUCAGAUGCACGCUGCAACUCCGGGCCUCCGUCCUCGUUCCCUAUCAUGCUACUUGAUUGUGUUCCUUAAACGGAGGUGGAAAUUCCCUAAGCGGCCACUUAUUUUGCCGACGAUCGAGGUUCUUCAUGAAGGAAAUAGGAAUAGCAGAAGUUCGUCAUAUUAAAACUGAAAGAAGGAGGUCGUGCUUGUGCACUUUACUUUCCACUGCUUGCAUGUUAGGAUGUUCUUGCUGUCGUUGUCAAGGAGAUGUUCUCCCCAUCGAGAUGUUGUUGAAGAGGAACUUCUACAAGAAGCCAGUCGCCGCAUAUACUUCUGUAUCCAUGAUGCUUUGGACGCUUACAACUGUCCAUGUGUGCUGGCUAGUGGUGUUAGCUGCAUCGCCAAUGCCAAAGCUAUCUUCGAGACAUACUCGUAUCGUAUCUCUCCACCAGCACGACGUAUUGCAUCUUAACGCUAUAACGAACUACUUGAUAAUGAUGUUAGCAAUCAAUUUCAAUAUCAAUCUGAUACCAAACUGAAUCACGAUCCAUUGUGAUUGAGAAUGGAG